AUUAUCUCAGUUUGGUAGAGAAGAAAGUUAGGAAUGUUUCUUUUUUCUGUGGUUCUCUUCGAAUUAUCCUUCCUCAGGCCGCUUACUGUAAAGUGGAUGAACAUGAUUUGGAAAGAUGUAGUUUUGCCAUAUUAAAGAUAAACCAUUUAAAAUACUCCACCUAAACGUGAUAGUGAUUCAACUCUUUAUUCCUCAUAGACCUUUAUAGUGUGUAUACUGGCGAAAAAUGUCCCGAGUUUGCAUUUUUAGCUCAUUAAGACGGGUAUAUCGACAUUUUGAAGUAUUAUAAGCGUGUUUUUUUCUUUUUAAUGACUACUUUCUGUCUAUAUUACAACUUUUAAACAUGUACUUUUAUAGGGUUGCAAACUUAACGAUGUCACUGUUGUAUAUACCAAGUGGGAGAACCUGAAAAAAACCAAUGAUAUGGAUGUUGGCCAAGUAGCCUUUCACAAUAAUAAAGCAGUGCAAAAGAUCGUAGUUGAAAAACGCAAUGGAGAUGUAAUAAAACGACUAAAUAAAACAAAAGAGCAAUGCCAACAUCCUGAUUUAAGAGGUGAACGAGAAAAGCGAGAUAUCCGCAUUAAAAACAAAGAAAAAGCUGUUCUGGCUGCUAAGAAAAAGUCAGAACUUGAGGCACAGAAAGUCCGUGCAGCAGAAGCAGAAAAAAGAUCAUACGAUCGUUUGUUUGUUGAGAGUAAAAUGAGGACAAAUGAAGAUGGCUAUGAUUCAGAUGACUUCAUGUAAAAAAUAAAUAUGAAUACCUUCCUACUUCUAACAGUGUCUCAUCUCUUAACUUUAUUUUCUACUUAUCGGUUACUUUUUCUGAAUUGUCGAUCAUGUAAUAAAAACCCUUUUGGUUUACUUGUAUAUUAUAUAAUGUGAAUUUUCUUCCAUGCUUGGUGAAACUAAGUUUCGGGUGCUAAACGAUAUAAUUGUGAUCAUGAACCGAUCAGUGCUAGACCACGAUUGAAAACCUGAAAGCACUUCUGAUGAGUCUCUUACUAGGACGAAACGGUAGUCCAGUGCUUCCAAGUUUUCAUUGGUGGUCUAACUUUGAUCGGUUCAUGAUCUCAAUUAAAACUCAACCAUCUCCACAACUCUAUACUAAUAAACAAUAUAUUUUAAUGGUUUGAACAUCCACG